UGGUGAGAGAGAAAGGUAGCCCUUCAGGGCAGAGUGGGUGGGAGAGAGUCUGAGAGUGAGAUUCUUCUUCUUUUUCUUAUGAUGGGUUUCAUUCAAAGAGAAAAGGAAAAAUGUUAGUGCUCAUAUUGGAUCCCCCUUUUCAGAAAUUUGUUCCAGCUCCGUUUGUCUUCUCUGAUAGCCUUUGAUUCCAAUCCCUCCCUUUUGCCUUCAUUCCUUUCUUUCUGUUACUGAAGUGAAGUCAAAUCCCGUUGUCUCUUUCAGCUUAGCUGUUUUCAUGGAUCUGGGUUUCUAAUUCUCUGAUAAAGAUUGGGUUUUUCUUGGGGAUACUGAUAGACAGUUAGUGAUGGAGAUAACAGAAGCAGCUGAGAAACCAAGCUCCAAAGGCCAAGCAUGGUUCUGCACAACUGGGUUACCAAGCGACAUUGUGGUGGAAGUUGAAGACAUGACCUUUCAUCUUCACAAGUUUCCUCUCAUGUCCAAAAGUCGAAAGCUUCACAACCUAAUCACAGAGCAAGAGGCCAACCCAUCACAUCCCCAACAAGAGCUAGAAGAAGAGCCGGACGAAAUUGAAGAAGUGCAGUGUCAAAUACUCCUCUCAGACUUCCCGGGCGGCUCCGAGACCUUCGAAAUCGCCGCCAAAUUCUGCUACGGCGUCAAAAUCGACCUCAACUCGACCAAUGUGGGACCUCUCCGCUGCGCCGGAGAGUAUCUAGACAUGACAGAAGAGUACUCCGAAGACAACCUCAUCUCAAAAACAGAAAGGUUCCUCUCUCAAGCCGUGUUCAAGAGCUUCAAAGAGUCCAUCAAAGCUCUCAAAUCCUGCGAGCGCGUCAUGCCACUCGCAGAGACCUUGGGCAUUACGCAGAGGUGCAUCGACUCCAUCGCUAACAGAGCCACCAACGCCGAUCCGAGCCUGUUCGGCUGGCCGGUCAAUGAAGUCGCGCCGAACCCAAGUUCAUCCAAACACCAGAUUCUAUGGAAUGGGAUUGACACAGGUGGAAGAAGAAAAGGGAUGUCUAGAGCAAACCAUCCAGAUUCUUGGCUCGAAGACUUGGUCCUCUUAAGCCUCCCUUUCUUCAAGCGAUUGAUUAUGGCAAUGAAAGACGGAAAUCUCAGUCUGGAAAUGGUGGAGACCUGUUUGAUGUACUACGCCAAGAAAUACAUUCCCGGAAUCUCAAGAUCGACUCGAAAGUCCUCUUCUUCCUCCACCACUUCUAGCUCCUCUUUAGCUUUGGAAAACCAACAGAGAGAACUAUUGGAGACCAUAAUCUCAAACCUUCCAUUGGAGAAAACACCAAGACCUCCAACCAAUACAAGAUUUCUGUUUGGGUUGUUGAGAACGGCGAAUAUACUGAACGCCUCGCAGGGAUGUAAAGCCGCAUUGGAGAAGAAGAUUGGGUCGCAGCUCGAGCAAGCGAGCUUAGACGAUCUGCUCAUACCGAGCUAUUCGUAUCUGAAUGAGACCCUAUACGACGUCGACUGCGUGGAGAGGAUUCUGGGGUAUUUCUUAGAUGGGUUGGAUCAGAGAAACAGAAACAGAGAUGGAAUUGAAGGUGAAGAUGAAGAUGAAGACCGUGAUAUAGAAGGUGCUAGAUCGCCGGCGCUGAUGCUUGUCGGGAAAUUAACCGACGAGUAUCUCUCCGAGAUCGCAUCGGAUGCGAAUUUGAAGCCGGAUAGAUUCUACAACUUUGCCAUGGCCCUGCCGGAGCAGGCGAGGCUGUUCGACGACGGGCUUUACAGAGCAGUUGAUGUUUAUCUAAAGGCUCAUCCAUGGAUAUCGGAACCGGAGCGGGAGAAGAUCUGCGGGAUACUAGACUCCCAGAAGCUCACACUCGAGGCGUGCACGCACGCCGCGCAGAACGAGCGGUUGCCGCUACGCGCCGUCGUGCAAGUCUUGUUCUUCGAGCAGCUUCAGCUCCGUCACGCGAUCGCCGGUACCCUUAUCGCCGGGGAGACUGCGCCGCCGGACUCCAGUCGGCCCUCGGUGUUGCGAAGAGAGGCGGAGACUGAGGAGGAGGACGAGGAGGAGGAAGGCGGUGCUGUGGAGGUACACGCGGAGGAAGGAGUCGGCGGCACGUGGAGGUCGGCUGUGAGGGAGAAUCAGGUGCUGCGGUUGGAUAUGGAUAGCAUGAGGACGCGGGUGCACCAGCUUGAGCGGGAGUGUUCCAACAUGAAGAAGGUGAUCGAAAAGAUCGACAACAAACCGGGUCAACCCGAUGGACGGGCCGGAUGGAAAGGCUCGUUGACCCGGCGGUUCGGGUGCAAGUUCAAGACCCAAGUGUGCGAUUCGCACGAGCCGACGGUCGUGGACGGGCGGAAAGGGCGGCGCCACCAGCAUCAACAAUAAGGCAUAUGCCACAUCAGAUUGAGGGCCCCGUAAAUUUUUUAUGUCUGUAUUGACGCUUUCGCUGUAAUGAUUUCGUUGAUUGAGGUCGCGGAUUCGAAACACAUCUUUUGAGGAACACCGAACACAUGAGAAAAUAUGAUAUGUUAUUAUUGGGGUGAAAGCAUCAAAGCAAAAGCGUUAUAUGGUAAUAGUGCAAAUGUAACCUUUUCAUGCA